CGUUUGAUCUCGCAAUGGAGCGGAGGACAAUAUUUCCGGUUCAUACAACUAUCUUCGUAGCAUUGACUCUAGUUACUUACUGUCAUGGGGCUAAUAUUUUGUGUUUGAUGGGCGUUCCUAGUCACAGUCAUCAUAUCUGGAAUCGUGCCCUGAUGGAAGCGCUUGCCAAACAAGGACAUAAUCUAACGAUCGUUUCUCCGGACAUGGAAACAACUCAGAAGCCGAACAUCACCUACAUCUACCUGGAAAAGGUGUAUCAGGCAGUGCACGAGGGCGAUUCGGCCGUUGAUUUUUAUGAAAUGGCUCAGCAAAAUAUGUUCCUCAGUACGGUCACUUUCUACGACUACGGGAUGGGCAUGUGCGAAGGAAUUAUGAAAUCUAAAGGGUUGGAUAUAAUUCUCAACUAUCCGAAUGAUUUCAAAUUCGACCUUGUGCUGUACGAUUUCUCUUGUGGACCCUGCUUGAUGGGACUGUAUCAUAAAUUCGGUGAACCCCCCCUGGUUGGAGUAACUGCUUUCAAUAUUCCACCGUACACUACGGAUGUGAUUGGAGGCCACAAGUAUCCAUCGUACAUUCCGUACUACUCGUUGUCUUACGACUCUGAAAUGAAUUUUUGGCAGAGAUUGGAAAACACCUUCAUCUAUGUGUUUGAUCAUUUGUAUCGGAACUACAGAUUCCUGCCGAAAACCGACGAAUUGGUGCGCAAACAUCCUGCUUUCCGAAAUGUUCCUUACCUUCCUGAAUCAGACAAAAAGAUGAUGUUAUUGUUGGCCAACUCCCAUCAUGCGGUUGAUUUUCCUGAGCCAGUUCCUCAAAAUAUGAUUCUGGUCGGCGGUCUACAGCUCAUUCCACCUAAACCGUUGCCGCAAGAUUUGGAAAAAUUUAUCACUGCUGCACCGAAGGGAGCCAUCCUCUUCUCUCUGGGGACCAAUGUGUUGAGUUCGGAUUUAGGCGACGAGCGGAUUGCGAUGUUUCUGGAGGCCAUGGCUCACUUUCCGGAGUACAACUUUUUGUGGAAAUUUGAGACGGAGAUGCGGAAGUUCAAGCUACCAAAGAAUCUUUUGUUGAGGAAAUUUUUGCCUCAAAAUGAUAUUCUGGCCCAUCCCAAUAUCAAACUGUUUAUGACCCAUGCGGGAUUGUUGAGUACUCACGAAGCUACAUGGCAUGGUGUUCCAAUCAUUGGGAUCCCCUUUAUUGCCGAUCAAUAUCGGAACCUAGAAAAAUCCAUGCGUGCCAAGGUGGCAGAGCGGUUGAACGUGUUUUCCCUCACCACCAAUGAUAUUGUGCAAACCAUCCGGAAGGUUCUCGAAGACCCGGGCUAUCGGAAUCGUAUGCAGGAGAAGUCGGCUUUGUUCCGUGACCAACCGGAGAGGCCGCUGGAUCGGGCCAUAUGGUGGAUCGAGUGGGCUCUCAGACACCCGAAUGCCAAAAGCAUUCAAUCUCCCACGAUGAAGUUGGGCUUCUGGAGAAGCCAAUCCUACGAUGUCGUUCUGUUCAUCGUUGUUGUCAUCCUUGCCAUACGUUACCUACUCAAGAAACUGUUCACUUCGGAUGUUAAAAGCAGUAAGAAAGCGAAGGCAAAAAUGAACUAAAGUUCAAGUUAAGAAGCAUUCUCCGCAGCAGAAUGAAGAGUGAAAAAAAAAGAAAAUGAAUCAAUAAAUGAUGUUUAUCUAA